AUGGCGGCCCGGCGAGUCCCCGCUUCCGUCGCCGCACUUGCCGCCGCAAAUUUCGCAGGCUUCGCGUCCGCGAUCGCCAUCCUCGUCCUCUCGCGGCCGCUCCACUCGCUUCCCGCCGUCCUCCAUGCCUUCCUCCUCCGCAUCCUGCGCCGCAUCUCACGCAGCCUACUCCCUAGUCGAGCUGGCUCCAGAUUACCCCAUAACACGCCAUCCGUCCUCUCGUUGUCUUUCGAGACGUCUUUAGUCUCGUUGCUCCCCUUAUCGACCAAUCAAAAUGCACCGCCCGCGCCUCAAUGCCGCCUCAAUUUAGACGGCUGCGAUUCUCUCCUCGGCGUCGCUCCCCUCGAUAUCGACGGCUUCAAAGCGCCCCCAGGAGCAGACGCGACUUGCUGUGCGACUGGCCGUGCGAUCCCUACGACCGACCGUGCGAUCCCUGCGACUGGCAUGGAGCCCACGUCGCACAAUCGCGACGGGCCAAGAGCUGCGAUCGACCGGCGUGAGAGCCACGAAGCUUCGCGGAAGGGCGGCGACGGGCUGGUAGCGGCGAUCGGCAACACGCCGCUGAUUCGCAUCGCGAGUCUGUCCGCCGCGACCGGCUGCGAGAUCUACGGCAAGGCGGAGUUUGUCAACCCGGGUGGCAGCGUCAAAGACCGCGUGGCGCUACGGAUCGUGCAGGAGGCUCUCGAGUCCGGGCAGUUGAAACCUGGAGGGCUGGUAACGGAGGGCAGUGCGGGCAGCACAGGUGUCGCGCUCGCAUUGGUCGCCGCGGCGUUUGGCUGCCGCUGCUUCGUGGCGAUGCCAGACGAUGCUGCUGUGGAGAAGGCAGAGGCAAUGAGGGCACUGGGGGCAGAGGUGGCGCGUGUGCGCCCUGUGUCCAUCACCCACCCCAUGCACUUUGUCAACGUUGCAAGGCGGCGAGCCGAGGAGGCCAGGGGGGAGGGAGAGGCGAACAGGGGAGGCGAGGAGGAGGAGGAGGUGGAGGAGGUGGAGGAGGUGGAGGAGGUGGAGGAGGUGGAGGAGGUGGAGGAGGUGGAGGAGGUGGAGGAGGUGGAGGAGAGGGGAAAGCAGGGAGGGGUGGCGGUGGGCAAGGAGGGUGCGACAGAGCGGAGAGGAGGCGAGAUGGGGGAGAUGGGAAAGCGGUUGGGAGUGGUGGUGGGAGAGGUGGGUGCGGCAGAGAGGAGAGGGGGCGAGGAGGUGGGAGUGCAAGGGGGAGGGGCAAGAAGUGGGGAGACUUUGAUGAGGCCGGAGAUCUGGACGCAGACGGGCGGCGCAGUGGAUGCCUUUGUGGCCGCUGCUGGCACGGGGGGCACCAUUGCCGGUGUCUCAUGCUACUUGAAGGCUGGAGCGGGGCUGGAUAGUGACGGGAAUGGCUGCGAGUGGUUGUGCACGCGUUUGUGGCCUCUGGCUGCUGCUCUGCUGGCACUGGGGGCACCAUCGCUGGGGUAUUGUGCUAUUGGUGCGCACCUGAAGGUGCGCUAUUGGUGCGUGAAGAAAGUGAGCGGUCAAGGCCCCCGAGAUCUGAAGGCAGACGGGCGGCACAGUGGACGCUUUUGUGGCUGCUGCUGGCACUGGCUGGCUGCACUGUUGCUGCGGUUUCAUGCUAUUUGA